AUGCGCACAAUUUUUGGAAAGGUUUGUAGUGUUAUUCUAGGAAUAAUACAAUAACUUUUCCUUUAAAGAUCAAUGGACCCGUGUUCGAAAAGUUAGUUGUCCUGGAAAAAUCAAAAAAUUCUGCGAAACAAAAAUGCUCAUCCACAACUGAUCAAGGGAUAGUGAGGAGUUGUUUUCCGAAUUCAAUGUCUGAAAGCUGCGGCGAAAAUGUAAAGGCUAGAGUGCGAAUUUUUCUCAAUGCGAUUAUUCGAUUUUUCCGAAUCAAAAAAUAGAAAAAAGUGGACGCGGGAAGGUAAAGUUUUCAAGGUUCGCUGUGUUGAAUUUGAAUUUGAGUCGAAUUACGAAAUCUUGAGUCGCAUAGCAGUUUGGAAAAUUGAGAAAUCGAGUUUUGAUGUGCAUUGUGUUGUGAUCGCGGUAAAAUAAUUGGGAAAAUGUAUCAACGUAUUUGAAACAGGAAAAAAGAAGCUCGCAGUCAAAAAUGUUAUGGUUCAUUCAGAAGUUGUUAUUGUUGUUGGCAAUUUGUGUGUCACUAUAG